AUGCGUGACUUGAACAUAGCAGGCGUACUAAUAGGUACGCCUACAGUGGAUGUAGUUGCAAUAGAGUUGAAAAAUUCAUGUCCAAAUUUGGAAAGCAUAAAUUUCGAAGGAGAAAACUCUAUUACGUGGCAAGGUAUUGAUGCUCUUGCUGAGUGUAAAAAUUUACAGGAAUUGAAUAUUGGAGGGUGUGUAAGCUACAAUUGGAGUAGUGAUAGUUUCCAUAGAUUGUUAUCUUCUUGUCAACACUUGGAAAAUAUCAACUUAGGAAAUUUUCAGGGAAUCACCGAUCGUGAUUUGACAACACUGAUGCUGUGCAAAAACUUAAAAUACUUAGAUUUGUCAAACAUACUUGUACCAUCUGACAUAUGUUCCGAGAUUUUAUUGAAGUGUUCGAAACUGGAAAAGAUUGAUCUUUACUGUACUGGUAUUAAGAAAAGUUUGAUUGAUCAAUGGAACGAAGAAUAUCAGCAUAUAUUAAUUAUCCAUGAUAAUGUAGUUUAA